CCUUCCCCGACUCUCAGCACUCCAGCAUUGCUGUGCAAGCAGAUGUUCUGUCCUCCGAUGCCAAUUCUCACGAUUUUCGCAUUUGGAGAAGGUAUCCUUGCAGGCGCAGGCUGCAAAGUUGACGGGAACAAGCAGAAACUGCAGUCAUUCUCCUCCUCCUUCUCCUCCUCUUCGGCGCAGCGACACAGAGAGAGUUGUGAUCGGCUUUGGAGGGAUACAGUAGCGGCUACAGUAAGAACCGGGGCGAGCACAAGGCAGCAGUUUCCUCCACCACACCUGUGAUGCGUUGUUCUGAGCAACGGAGACGCACGAGCUGGAUGCUGAUGGCCACGGCGCGGCACGAGGAUACAUACUGAGGCAAAAAGAAAAAAAGAGACACUUAUUAACGAAAAAAGAAGCCCUAAAAGUGCCUCAGAGGACACUCUACGGUCUUGAAAACAGAUUGUUUCUGCUGCUCUCGUUUUCAUUGAAACUUAAGUGAUCGAAACAGCUGAAAGAUGCCCUUAUCUCCGGGCCCCUUUGUCCGCUGCGGCUUCAACGCUGCGCUUCUUCUGCUCGGGCUCACGUUCGCUGGCAUCGCCUCCACCGGCGGUUCGGAGCAUCCGGCCACAGCAGCACUUCCCGCUGCGUUCUCAGACCUCCUGCCUCACUUCCUGGUGGAGCCCGAGGACGAAUACAUAGUGAAGAACAAGCCUGUGACCCUGUCCUGCCGCUCGACCCCAGCCACACAGAUCUACUUCAAGUGCAACGGAGAAUGGGUUCACCAGGACGACCACUUGAUUGAGCGAACUGUUGACCCAGCCACAGCAUUGCCAGUCAUGCAGGUGACGAUUGAGAUUACCAGGCAGCAGGUGGAGAAGAUCUUCGGCCUCGAUGAAUACUGGUGUCAGUGUGUCGCCUGGAGCACCACUGGAACUCAGAAGAGCCAGAAAGCGUACAUCAGGAUUGCUUACCUGAGAAAGAACUUUGAGGAGGAGCCGCAGGGUAAAGAGGUGGCAUUGGACCAGGAGGUGUUACUGCACUGCCAUCCCCCCGAGGGAGUGCCACCAGCCGAGGUGGAGUGGCAGAGGAAUGAGGAUGUGCUCGACCCAUUGAGCGACCCCAAUUUUUUCAUCACACCUGACAACAAUCUUGUCAUCAAAAAAGCCCGCCUUUUGGACACGGGCAACUACACGUGUGUGGCCAAAAACAUCGUCGCUCGCCGCAAAAGCAACUCUGCCACGGUCCUGGUCUAUGUCAACGGUGGCUGGUCCACAUGGACCACCUGGUCGUCCUGCAGCGCUGUGUGCGGGCGUGGCUGGCAGAAGAGGAGCCGGAGCUGCACCAAUCCCACGCCACUGAACGGAGGCACAUCCUGUGAGGGGCAGAACGUCCAGAAAAGUGCCUGUGUGGCCACCUGUCCAGUGGACGGAGGCUGGAGCGAGUGGAGCAAGUGGUCGGCAUGCGGGGCAGAUUGUUCGAUGUGGAGGAGCAGGGAGUGCUCCCAGCCCUCGCCCGGCACCGGGGGCAAGGACUGCCAGGGGCUCGACCUCCAGUCGAUGAACUGUACCAACGAGCAGUGCCCACAGACCGUGAGCGGGGCCGAGGACGUGGCGCUGUACGUGGGCAUGGUGGCUGUGGCCCUCUGUCUGACCCUGCUGCUCAUCGUGGUCGUCCUGGUCUACCGGCGCAAGAAGGAGGGCCUGGAUGCUGACGUGGCGGACUCCUCCAUACUCACCACUGGCUUCCAGCCUAUGGGCAUUAAGCCCAGCAAGCCAGGUGUGUGGGCACCACGGCCACGAAGGCCUCCCCACAGCAAGAACUCUCAUUUGCUCACCAUCCAGCCUGAUCUGACGACCACCACCACCAGUUACCAGGGCACCCUGCGCUCUCGCCACGAUACCGCUGGGAAGUUUUCCAUGACCAACGGGCCUCUACUGGACCCGCUUCCCAACGGAUCGCACACUCUCCACAAUGGGAAGCUCAACUCAGACACCACAGAGUUUGUGAGCAGGCUGUCCACUCAGACCUACUUUAAAACUCUCCCCCGUGAUGUGGCCAACACCUCCUACGGGACUUUCAACUUCCUGGGUGGGAGAUUAACAAUCCCCAAUACAGGAAUCAGCCUGCUCAUUCCUCCCGAGGCCAUCCCCAGAGGAAAGAUCUAUGAGAUUUAUCUCACUGUUCAGCGGAAGGAAGAUUUAAGGUUACCGCUGGCCGGCUGCCAGACCCUCCUGAGCCCCAUUGUGAGCUGCGGCCCUCCGGGGGUGGUCCUGAGCCGGCCGGUUAUCCUCAGCAUGGACCACUCCUUUGAUGCGUGUCUCGAUAACUGGGCCGUCCGCCUCAAGAAGCAGAACUACGAGGGCGCUUGGGAGGACGUCCUGCUGAUGGGGGAGGAGCUGGUGUCCGAGCCUUAUUACUGCCAGCUUGAGGCCGAGACGUGCCGCCUGUUCACAGAGCAGCUGGGCACUUUCACCCUGGUGGGAGAGUCGCUGCACAUGGGCGCAGCCAAGCGCCUGCGGCUCGUCCUCUUCUCCGACGCAUACUGCUCCACGCUGGAGUACAACAUCAGGGUGUACUGCAUGGACGACACGCAGGACGUCUUCAAGGAGGUGAUGCAGAUGGAGAGGCAGCUCGGGGGUCGGCUGAUUGACGAGCCUCACGUCCUGCUUUUCAAAGACAGCUACCACAACCUGCGCCUUUCCAUCCACGACAUGCCCCAGGCGCACUGGAGGAGCAAGCUGCUAGCCGGCUAUCAGGAGAUCCCGUUCUACCACAUCUGGAAUGGUUCCCAGCGGUACCUGCACUGCACGUUCACUCUGGAGCGGCUCAGCCUCAGCACCUGCGAGCUCACCUGCCAGCUGUGCGUGUGGCAGGUGGAGGGGGAGGGGCAGAGCUUUGCCCUCGACUUUAACAUUGCCAAGGACACGCGAGGUCUGGACUCUGAGUUCCUCUUAAUGGACAGUAAUGCGACGGCUCUGGCCGGGCCCAGCGCCUUUCAGAUCCCUUAUCUCAUCAGACAGAAGAUCUGUGGCAGCCUGGAUGCGCCCUGUCCCAACGGAGCAGACUGGAGGAUGCUAGCACAAAGACUUAAACUUGAAAGACACAUGAGUUUCUUUGCAUCCAAAGCGAGCCCGACCUCUGUGAUCCUGGACCUGUGGGAGGCGCAGCACUUCCACAGCGGCAACAUCAACCAGCUGGCUACCGUCAUGGCUGACAUCGGCAAACAGGAGGCCAUGAUUUUCCUCGUCUCUGACGGCGAAUGCUAACCCAGAAACGGAGAGAGAAGAGAGGGAGGAAGAGGGAGAGAGACUGGUGCAGAACAUGCAGACGUAACACAAAGAGCAGCAGGACACAAAGCGCAGCGCUGUCCCAGUGUGUCUCUUCUUUAUUUUUAGGAAAUAGUGAAAAGUUUAUCUAGGAUUGUGUCCUUUUACUCACACCCCAAACAGUAAGGAACAUCUUCAAACCACGGAUUUCAUUAGGGUGAAGGCCGAGUCGUGCGUUUCCGUCAGAAAGUUUGACGAUAUUUUAAACAUAAUAUCACUUUCACUUUUUGUUCAGCGAGCUAAGAAGGAGCGAUAUGCAAAUGCAAGAUUCUAACUUACAGCUGAUGUUGCAAAUUCCUCUCGAUCUUUCAUGAACUUGGUUUGGAAAAACCUGCUUUACACCCGGAAUAACAAGGAGGCCUGUCAGUCAGUUCAGGUGAAAUAUGCAAUUGGCAGGUGACCGUGACAUUAUCUCAGACACGUGUAAACGACCACGACGGUGCGCAGCACCGCCUGCACGUUGCAGGUUUAAAAGCAGAUUGUAUGCCCCGGAAGUCGCGUCUCAUCACGGUCUGUUCUUUUCCUCCUUUUUUUUUUUUUUUUUGUUAGUCCAGCCGGUAUCACUACUGUGAAUGUAACAUCUUGACAUCUUGAUUCAGCGAGACGCUUCGCAGCUUUUUCUGCUUCGAAAUCAAUACGUGUGUGUGGUUGGAACCUUUCUUCUUUAGGAGAGGAGUCGGUUGUAGAGCAUCUCCACUCCGAGAAUGAAAUCCUUUGAUUUUGUUUCAUCUUGUGCAGUAUAUUACGCCGAUCAUUCAUCAUGUGAAGUUUUUUUUUUUUCUUUUGCGGGGUGAGGGGUUUGUGCGUUUUAGAUUUCUUAGCUAAUGAAGGAGCCAUAGCGCUAAAAGGCGUUCUCGCUGCAUUCAUGCGAACAGCGAAUGUCGUCAAAAGUGACUCUUUUUUUUUCACCUCCUUGAUUACGUUCAUUCUCCAGCACGCGAACAUGGCUAAAAAAAAGGUUUAUUAAGCUACAUGAAUAAUGUAGCGCACUUUGCCACAGAAAACCUGAAAACAAAUUCUUCAAAACUGUCGCAAGAUUAGUCACGUCGAAAGGAUAAUUGUGCAGCUUUGUUUAUGUUAUUUAUAAAGCAAUUUUAGUGGGAAUUCAAUAUUUGCCGCGUGGCAAACAGUAUUUCCACAUCAGAGAUGAGCCGUCUCAGUCAUAAACGGCUCAUUCACGCAGUCUUUUUGUUUGUCCAAAGCAAGGCUGGAAAGUGUGUUUUCUCUCUCUUUUUAAAAAAAAAAAAUAAUAAUUUAGCAUUAAUUUCUACAGUAAUUUCUUAGUAAUGGAUGUGUCUAGUCAGGCAACAUAAACAGGUUCAGCAGUGCACUUCACAGACGGUGUGAGCAAUCCCAAACUAGCCAUAGUUCUGUCUGCCUCAGGGUUGCAUGUGAAGCCGUCUGUUCAAAGCUGGAAGGAAAAGGCCCUUUCUCCGUCCCACCAUCCAUGUCUCGACCUUUAGACGUCCAUGGAUUCCUUUACGAUUGUCAGAUAUCUGGAAUGUACCUUUACGUUUUUCUUUUCAGUGGUGGAAAAGCACCUGUUUUUUUUUUUUUUUGUCACUGGGUUUAAAGCUUAUGUUUCCCAUGGCAACUCAGAUGUUUCCUCCCCUUUAUAAACACUUUCAACCCCUUUUUAUAUGAAGAUGCCAUAAAAAUCCAAUGUUACCUUUUUAAAAACCCUUGGAUUAUUCCUUCAAAGAGAGAGAGAGAGAGAAAAAAAAACAGAUGAUUACGCCCAAUCAUCGCCACAUUGUAAUAUGUAAAUAGUUUUUCUAUACCAGCCAUGUGCUGUCACUUUGCAUACUGUAUAUCAGCAGCGUUGGUAACCAAAGUUUUAGGAAUAUCAUUUGAGUUCACCACAUCCUCACAUUGUAUCCAUCAGAACCGUUUUGACACCGUUUGUACUUGCAGAGUCAGUCAGUUGCCAUCAUUUACGUUUUUUGCUUUUCCUUCUGAAAGUCGACGCAUAAUUUGAUCACUUUGUAAACAAAUGUAAAUUAUAUUUUAAUAUGAAGCCAAAAAAAAAACAAACAAACAAGAAAAGAAGAAGAAUGCAACACUUAACUGGCGCAACAUUUGUCGAGUCUAAACCGUGACGUGUUUGCCUAUAUCCUGUUCUUUGGCGAUCUAGCAGUGAUUUGCAGUGUUAAGGGUUUAGAGGCCGUUUUCGCGGGAACUUUCUGUUCGCUCUCAUCCUGGGUCAUUUAUUUCCACCACUCGGAAAGCAUUUAAACACAAAGGUGGAAGCAGUCGCCAACGCUCGGUGAGUCAGAGAGGCUAAUCGCCGGAGGACAUCAGUCCUCGGACACUGUUGACGCAGCAUGUUCGGGGGAUGAGCCACGGCAGUUGUACAGUCAGACUGUGGCUCGGGAAGUUUUAGCACCCUUGUCAUCGUCUUGGAUGUGUCGCCUAAGCACAUUUUCAGUAACAGCAUCUAUCUUCACAUCUGAGUCACGCAGCACAUCUGCGGUUACUGUGUGAUGAACACCGGCUCUGUGGAAGACUCGUGUCUGUAACACAAAUGCUUUUGUUGGAGGGUUUGUGCUGUCAGUUCACCCUGUGAUGCAUCUCAGCACUGUAUUCUUUGUCACUCAUUACUAUUCGGUGUGGAGGACGUGCACAUAUUUAAGAAUGUGUGUGUGUUGUGUAUGUAGGGUGUGUGUGUGUGUGUGUGCAGACCUCCCUGUCACUGACUGAACUGUUUUCUUUUUUGAACUAAGAACAAUAGACUUCUGUACUUGUGAAUGGUUUUCUAUUUAGUUCCUUGGUUCAAUGUCCCUUGCCUUUCUGCAAGUCAAAAAUGCUGUAUUUAUUACAUGCCACAGCGCUUAUGCAAUUGUAUAAUCCUUCUAUUGUUUUCUUUGUUUGGAGUUUUUCUUUUUGUUUUUUUGGGGGAAAAAACAAACAAACAACCUUUUGUGUUCCUUAUCGUCGAUGUAAACUGUUGUCAAAACUUUUGUGGCAGUGGAAAAACUUCUGCUAAGGGAGAUGUUCUGUACUUUUGGACAAUGUUAUGGAUUUGUGGGUAGAAUUUUGGAAAUUCGUUUCUAAGUGCUUUCAAGUAUUUACUUGGCCUUAUGUAUAUAUAUCUAUCUAUGACAUUUCAAAAACCUAUGUAUAGUAAUUCAAUCGGAAAUUGUUGUAAAUAAAUUAUAUAUUGUUA